UUCUUUCAAAUUGACAUGAAAAAAAAAGCUGCAUUGUCGAUGUUGAAGCAUCUCAGCAACACUGAUUUGGGAGAAAUAUUGAACGAUGAUGGAAGAUUCGAGGAAGUUGUCAAUGACAUAAAACAGAAAAUAGCUGAGAAAUUCUUAUCGGGAGAUGCAGAAGUCGAUGAAUUCCUGGAUCAAUUCUUGACCCGAAGAAAGAUAAUGCAUUUACGAAAGGUGAAGGUAGACAAAAUGCGAGAGCUCAAGAGGAAACCGAAAUCGUCAACAGAGGGUUAUCCAGCAGUGAACACCUUUCGCCGC